AAAUUCCGGGGCGGAGUGGGGCACAGGAACUUGCCCUAUCCGCGGUGCUUUUUCCCAAGCAGAGGUCCGACCCCACCACCUUGGGUAGGCGGAGGAGCCGGAAAAGGGCCAGUGAGCAACCUAGUUACUUCUGGGGCGGUGGCCUCCUGGGCUCUCCAGUCUACUCUUGCCCUUCCCCCUGGCCUCCUGCCCUCUCCUACCCCCCAUCCUCCUUCCUUCUCCUCCCUCCUCCCCGCCUAAAAGUGGGCCGGCGCCUUUAAGAGGGUGCUUUGGUUACCCCGGGGGCGGGAGCCUCGGCUGCUAGCAGGGCGGAGGCGCCGGUCGCGAUGCUCCUCACUUUCGGCUCCCGCGCGCAUCGCCGCCUCGCCAUCCUUAUCCUCUGCGGGGAAGCGUCGUUCUCUGCAGCGGAGGAGAGAAGUGCUAUGUCCGGAAAGUUCCGGGAGGGACGCGACGGGGCAGCGCUCCCCGGCCAGCGCGCGGCCCUCGGCCUGAGGCAUAAGAACUCCUGUGGAAGAUGGAACUCCUUGUCCAUGUUCCAGAAUGUGCUUCCAAGUCCAUCAAAGGAACCUGAUACUGCUGUUCUGUGUUGAAAUGCUUGAAGAACACCCACAUCUCUGCGUGCACCUUCCAUCCUCUUGAAACCAUGGUCUUCUCGCCAGUGUUGACAGCUUCCCAUACUGGGGCAUCCAAUACAACAUUUAUAGUCUAUGAAAACUCCUACAUGAAUAUUACAGUCCCUCCACUAUUCCAGCCUCCCAGUAUUGGUCCACUACCUAGGUAUAGUUUUGAAACCAUGGCUCCCACUGGUUUGAGUUUCUUGACAGUGAAUAGCACAGCUGUGUCCCCAACACCAGCAGCUUUUAAGAGCCUAAACUUGCCUCUCCAGAUCAUCCUUUCUGCUAUAAUGAUAUUUAUUCUAUUUGUGUCUUUUCUUGGGAACUUGGUUGUUUGCCUUAUGGUUUACCAAAAAGCUGCCAUGCGAUCUGCAAUUAAUAUCCUCCUUGCCAGCCUGGCUUUUGCAGACAUGUUGCUUGCAGUGCUGAACAUGCCCUUUGCCCUGGUAACUAUUCUUACUACCAGAUGGAUUUUUGGGAAAUUCUUCUGUAGGCUAUCUGCUAUGUUUUUCUGGUUGUUUGUGAUAGAGGGAGUUGCCAUCCUGCUUAUCAUUAGUAUUGAUAGGUUCCUUAUUAUCGUCCAGAGGCAAGAUAAAUUAAAUCCAUAUAGGGCUAAGGUUCUGAUUGUAGUUUCUUGGGCAACUUCUUUUUGUGUGGCUUUUCCUUUGGCUGUAGGAAACCCUGACCUACAGAUACCUUCCCGAGCCCCACAGUGUGUGUUUGGGUACACAGCCAAUCCAGCUUACCAGGCAUAUGUGAUUUUGAUUUCUCUCAUUUCUUUCUUCAUACCUUUCCUGGUGAUACUGUACUUAUUUAUGGGCAUACUCAACACCCUUCGGCACAAUGCCUUGAGGAUCCAUAGCUACCCUGAAGGUAUAUGCCUCAGCCAGGCCAGCAAACUGGGUCUCAUGAGUCUACAGAGACCCUUCCAGAUGAGCAUUGAUAUGGGCUUUAAAACACGUGCCUUCACCACCAUUUUGAUUCUCUUUGCUGUUUUCAUUGUUUGCUGGGCCCCAUUCACCACGUAUAGCCUUGUGGCAACAUUCAGUGAACACUUUUACUAUAAGCACAGCUUUUUUGAGAUUAGCACCUGGCUACUCUGGCUCUGCUACCUCAAGUCUGCAUUGAAUCCACUGAUCUACUACUGGAGAAUUAAGAAAUUCCAUGACGCCUGCCUGGAAAUGAUGCCCAAAUCCUUCAAGUUUUUGCCACGGCUCCCUGGUCACACAAGGCGACGAAUACGCCCCAGUUCUGUUUAUGUGUGUGGGGAACAUCGGACAGUAGUGUGAAUAUUAGAACUAUCUGACAGUUUAGGUGAUGAUUGUUCUUUAUUGUGUUUAAAUUUUUUUACAUGGCUUCUCCACUUAAACUUUAUUGUUUUUUAUAUAGUAUGUGUGUGUGCAGUGUAAAAAAAGAACGAAAAUUAGUUGUAGUCCUGUUACUGAGGAUACACAAUAGAAAUGAUCACAAAAGUUACCUCCAGAGUUCAAGAAAAAUUCUUAAUUGGAGAUGGUUUUGUGUGUAUGUUUUGUUGACUGGUUUUAGUUUUGUAGCAGGAGUCAGGAUUGUGCUUUAUUGAGCCUGCAGUUACCUUGAAUUGGAGAUGUUUUGUAUGCUGCUAAGGUAUCUUAGUUGAGCUUAUCAAUUCUUUUUUUUUUUUCCGGGAGCCACUGCUACUUAUUUUGUCAUCAAGUUGGAGCCAAAAUCUUUCAUACAUCUUAGUUAAAUAUUUACUUUUACUUAAAAAAUAACCCAAGGAGGUUAGUGACAUUUUAAAGGUCAUUACUAUUUACUUUGGUGCACUUUAAGAAGCAAUGUACAGAUUCAGUCAUUUUUCUGAAUUGUUUUUAUAAAUGACAUAGUGGUUCAGAAAGCAUGUGCAUUGUCAUUUCUAGUAAUAGUAUUUUUUAAAUGUUUUAUAUGCAUGUACAAUUUUAAAAGAGAAUGUAAAAUGUAAAACUAAUUCUAAGCACAAUAGCAACUUUUCAGAGCAAUAGGGGAAAAUCAAAGAGAAAGAGCACCCUUGCAAAUUUCAAGGAGGAACACAGUGGGGAGGGUGGCCUUUUCAGGCUGUGGCAGUUCUCUACUAAAGGGCUCUCAGUGUGGUAGGAUAAGGCCUGGCACUUAGGGACACCUAUUGUGUGCCAGACACUGCACAUCCCUUUACUCUCCAGGCAUCCUGUGAGGUAGAUAUAACUUUUUCAUUUUUGGUUGAGAAAACAAAUUUCAAAGGGACUAGAAAUCCUACCUAGGCUUAGUGGUUAGUGGUAUCCAAACAUUUGUGAAAUCCUGAGACUACUAUUUCACUGUGCCACACAGACACCUCAUCCAGCUUAGAUGUUUCAUAGUCAAGAAGGAACUCUGCAUAUCCUUUAAUUUUUAAAAACUAAAGCCAUCUUUUUCAAAAUAGCUUCAUUUUUCAUUACCAAAAAGAUAGGAAACUAAUACAGAAAGUCUGAUUAUAGGCCACAUGCAAUCACGUAUAACCACCUUUUAGUGUGGAACUUAAUAAUCUAAAGAUAAAAUAGGUACAAAUAAAAAUGAUAAAUAUAAAAAUAAGAGAAAAAAUUUUUUUGAUUUGCAAAACAAGUGAUUGACAGUUACUGAGAAAUUAAAGAUAACUAUAUAGAUCUUGCCCUUCAAGAUCUGGAAUUUCUAGUUGUCCAGCUAUGUUUAUUCUAAAUAUUCUGGGCAGAACAGCAUUGUUGCCCCAGUGCUUGCCUUAGCAGAGCUGGAGUUCGGACUCUGCAGUGCUUCUUUUGCAUAGACGGGAAGAUAAACAUUGAUCUGUGCCUAGAGCUAGUUUUAAUACAGCAGGCCUGAGGUUUCCAUUUAUUUUUCUCUUGGUGACUGUUUGCCUGCCCAACAGAUCCAGGACCUUUGGUCAUCUUCUCUGGUUGCCACUGGCACACUUUAUAAAAUAGCCAACAGGGAUGGGACAGCAGACUGAGGCCACAAAGGCUGAAAGUGUAGCCUUUGGGCUACAUUAUGACCUAAAUCUGUUUUUAUCCAUGGAUUUAUAGCAUUUUUCUGAAUUUUAGUGCUUUGUGAGCCAUUGGAAAAAAAUGAGCAUCUGUUUCUUCAACUGUAAAACUAGUGAGUUGGAUUUGAUAAAUCUUGUAAGGUCUUGUUAGACUCUAAUAUGCUUUCCUCAUCAGAGUAUCAAAAUUUGAAGAUCUUAGCUAACUUGAGUUUCACUUCUUGGCCUCCAGUAUUACAUCUUUACAUUUUAUUUCAUUUGAUGUUUCUUAAAAUUCAGUGCCUGAAGUUUGUAUCAUAAUAUCAGGAGUUAGGACAAUGAAAAGUUGGUGACAUCGACCUGUGAAACCUUGCUCUUCAGGCAUUUACAGUUGUUUUGGAAUUUAUUGUUAGGCUGAAGAACUCUUUUAGGACUCAAGUACAUUAUUCAAUAUGUUGUUUUGGAAUCAUCUUCAGAUGAUAGUCACCUACCUCUUUAACUUGUAAUUUAGAUUAAUCACAGAUAAAAUGUUUUUCCAUAAGGAACUUGUAGAACAUAAACACUGUAGUAGAUUCUAGUAGCACAUUGAAGUGUAUUUUAAUUUCCAUUGUCAAUAUAAACUGGAUCUCAAGCAGAUAUUAAAAAUGAUAUUUGAGAUUCGACUUUCUUAAGAAAGUCAGCAUGAUCUGUAUUCAUCUUGUACAUUGAUAGAUCUUGAGACUCCUUUUGUGGCUCGAGUUGAAACUGAGCUUUAUUUGCUAUAUUCUUAUUUCAUGAGCAGUUUUAAAUACUUUUAUGCUGCUGAGUAGGUAGUACCUCAUUUUUUGAGAGCCCAGGAGUGGCUUCUUAAAUGCUUGCUGUGGAUGAAGACCAUGAAGGGUCUUUGUGAGAAGUUAGCAACAACACUGAAUGGUGGUUUUCUUUACACUGGAUAAUCUUGGUCAGAUGACAGUUUACACAUAAUUUUGAACGUUUUUAUUAUGUAUACAUUUUGUAAGCUUUUUAAAAAAAAAUCUGGUGCACCUAAGAAACUUAGGUGCAAAACUGCAUGUUGCUUAUUUCGCUAUAUUUUCUUGAGGGGAAGAAAAUACCACUACUCAAGUAUCACUGCUGACUGACAUCAUCAGAAAUGAUACUUCUUUGUUUUUCCUUCUGGCCACUAAAUAAGUAGUAUGAGUGACAUAAUGAAAUAGUUGUGAUCAAAAGAGAGAGUGAAGAGAAAUCCCAAAUAAUCUCUAGUAGUGGCAUUUAAACUUUAAUAAGUGUUUAUAUAGUCCUUCGGGGAUCUAAACAGUACAGAUGAUUCCUUGGUCCACAGAGGGUCUGUGGUUGGGCCCAGAAAUAUACAUUCUUAUUUUAUUGAGCAUUUUACCUGAUUCUGGUUCUUGUGCACAUUUCCAAAAUCACCUAUAGAAAAUAUAUUAAAUUAAGCAGUGUCUGUUUUAUCUCAUAAUAUUUGUUUUGUGUUGGAAGUCAUUAUCUCCUAGUGAAUGGAUAAUCCACACUGGGAGGAAAAUCUACAUACUGUGUCUAAUUGGCUGCCAUCUGUGUUAGUGUGUAUCUCACAGUGUUAGCUUUACUUUCUUUUAACUGGCAAAAAUUCUGAUAAACCACGUAGUUUCACAGUAGAGCAAAAAGGUGACUUAGUAAUUAAAGUCAUGACAUUCAGAAGUCUAAUUACUGUUAUAUUUACUUUCUCCUAGAGACAUCUCUCUAGGGCAUCUCUUGAUUAUAUGAAAUUUCCUGGAGAAUGUGAGGGAAAUGUAAAGAAUUUUCUAAUUCCUGUUGCUCUGCUUAUGCCAAUUGUAUUCAAUGGAAGCAUGAGAUAAAAUAACCUUUUUAAUCUAUGUAUUUCUGUUGCCAACAAAGAUUUAAUUUUUUAAUCUUUGCUUUUGUUUACAUGAAAAUAUGUAUGUAUCCCAGAAAAGUUUUCACUUGCUUGAUAUUUUAAUGUGUACCAUGAUUUUUAGUUUCUUUAAACCACUGUUAGAUUCAAAUUUGCUUUCAUAACCAUAGCCCUGCUAAGCUGAAAACUCAGUUUUUAUAAUAAUAAAUAAAAAUAUUAAAGCACAUGUUUGUUAUUGCAAGUAAAUGGUAAUAAUUUCUUAAGUAUCUAUUGAUACUAGUCCUUUAUAAUUAAAAUUAAUUUAUUUUAUAACAGUACUUGGCACAUAUUUUUAAAAGUUUGAAUUUUCAGUUACAAUCUUUAAAUCUCAAUGUGUAGCUAUUUGUGCAUAUUAUUACAACCAAGAAAAGACCUCCCAAUAAGAAAAUGAAUAAAUGUUUAACAUUUCUACAGUGGAGUUUUUUUUAAUGACUUCAUCUCAUCUUGAAAGUUUGUUAUGAAUACUACUUUCUGUUAAAUUAAAAUUUGAACUUAGUUUCAA